UCAUAGUCACCAUUGAGUGAGCUUCAGGACGCUGCUGGCAUCUCUGCUUGGAAAACUGUUCUGAGAUCUUUGGCUCUCUCAGGCUCCGGCACAUCAUGUGUUUUUUGAAGCAGCCUAAGCACCUCCACGGUCUGAUAGUUCUGCAUUGGCCCUUGAGCUACGUUGCCAUAUUUUGGAUCAUACAGCCAUUGUUCAUUUACCUGCUGUUUACAUCCUGGUGGCCGCUACCAGCACUUUAUUUUGCCUGGUUUUUCCUGGACUGGAAGACCCCAGAACAAGGUGGCAGGCGUUCCAGCUGGGUAAGGAACUGGAGUGUCUGGACCUACAUUAGGGACUAUUUCCCCAUCACGAUCGUGAAGACUAAGGACCUGUCACCUGAGCAAAACUACCUCAUGGGGGUUCACCCCCAUGGCCUCUUGACCUUUGGUGCCUUCUGCAACUUCUGCACUGAGGCCACAGGCUUCUCGAAGAUCUUCCCGGGCAUCACUCCCCACCUGGCCACGCUGUCCUGGUUCUUUAAGAUCCCCUUGAUUAGGGACUACCUCAUGGCCAAAGGUGUGUGCUCCGUGAGUCAGCCGGCCAUCGACUACCUGCUGAGCCACGGCACUGGCAACCUCGUGGGCAUUGUAGUGGGAGGCGUGGGAGAGGCCCUGCAAAGUGUGCCCAACACCACCACCCUCAUCCUCCAGAAACGCAAGGGCUUUGUGCGCACAGCCCUCCAGCACGGGGCUCAUCUGGUCCCUACCUUCACUUUUGGAGAAACUGAGGUAUAUGAUCAGGUGCUAUUCCAUAAGGACAGCUACAUGCACAAGUUCCAGAGCUGCUUCCGUCGCCUCCUUGGUUUCUAUUUCUGCGUCUUCUAUGGACGAGGCUUCCGCCAAGGCUCUGUUGGACUCCUGCCAUACCCGGUGCCUAUCAUCACUGUGGUCGGGGAGCCUCUGCCACUGCCCCAAAUUGAAAAACCAAGCCAGGAGGUGGUGGACAAAUACCACACACUCUACAUGGAUGCCCUGCGCAGACUGUUUGACCAGCACAAGACCCAGUAUGGCUGCUCAGAGACCCAAAAGCUGCUUUUCUUGUGACUGAAUGGGCUGCAUGCCCAAGAGUGAGUGCCUCAGAGAGGAGAAUCAUUUGCUGCUAACCAAAAGGCGGAAAGGGAGAUGGGGGGGACGGCUAUGUGUGCUGGGGGAGGGCGUUCGGCAUUCCUGACUUGCCACAGAGCCCUUAUGGUUGUAGUCCUGAAGAGCUUCUCUCACUCAUUCCCCAGACGGGAUGUCCUGAGACCCCCCCCCCCCAGGCCCAGACACAGGCACACGCCCUGCCUGGCUCCCGACCGGCUGUCCUCUCUGAGCCCAAGCCCCCGGGUCCUGGAGGGCUUAAAGGAUAGCUAAGCAGCCUGAGUAGACACCACUCUUGCUCUUAUUGUUGCCUUAAUGCAUUUUUGAAACUGAGACAUAUUUUGCAUACCAUAGAUUUAACCCGUUUAAAGUGUAAAAUUCAGUAGUAUUUAGUAUAUUCACAGAGUUGUGCAGCCACUACCAUUAUCUAAUUUUAGAAUAUUUUUCAGGACGCCCCAAAAAGAAACCUAGUUAACAUUAGCUGUCACUCCCUAUUCUCCAUCUCCCCCAAGCCUGGCAACCACUAAUCCACUUUCUGUCUCUUCAGAAUUGCCAAUUCUGGACAUGUAAAUGGAAUUGUAGAUUAUGUGGUCUUUUACGACUGGCCUCUCGCUCUUAGAAUAACAUUUUCCAGGUCCAUCCAUCCAUGUUGUAGCAUGAAUCAGUGCUUUAUUUCUUUUUAUGGCUGAAUGUUUCAUUGUACGUAUAUACCAUAUUUUUUUAUCGAUUCACCAGUUGAUGGACUUUUGCGUUGUUCCUACCUUUUGGCUAUUAUAAAUAAUACUGCUAUAAACAUUCCUGUACAUUUUUUUGUGUGGUGAUCUGCGUUCAAAUACAUAGGCUUACCUUAUGUCCACACCAUUAAGCUAACAAGCACUCUUUUCACAUCGAUCAAGGGCAUCUUACUCAGGAUUACUUUUCAAUUGGCAGAGAUCACUUACUCCUCUUGAUGGUCCUCUAACACCAUAAUCCAAAGGUAUCUGCUACC